UCGCGCUCAGUCGCGCGCAGGCAUCCUGCGAUACGGAGUUUUUUUUUUUUUGGAGACGUUCGAGCGAGCUGCGUGCUUCUGUUUUAAAACGUCCAUGAAUUACAAGCAGGAAAGCAUUCUGGAGCACUUUAAGGAAUAUAUUUCUGGGAGUUCUGGAUGCGUUAACGGAGCCAAAUCUUACGACGCUUCAAUGGAUGUGAGUAAAGAAGGGUAACGCAUCGGACGGUAACCGUUAAGUUGCUUCUACACAACGAGCUGCACGCGUAAGAAAGCACGGAUAAGGAGCGCAAUGAUUUUCGCCACGAUCAGCAUCGUGUUGCCACUACUGGAUGUGUUGUUUUCUGCCGAAGAAUCAGUCUUCACCGCGGCCAGCCGCCUAGACUGUGUCAGGGCUAGUGAGCUGUGCUUGAAGGAGCCGGGAUGCAGCACGAAGUAUCGGACUAUGAGGCAGUGCGUAGCGGGCAAGGAGAGUAACUUCAGCGUGGUUGCUGGACUGGAGGCGAAAGAUGAAUGUCGGAGCGCUCUGGACGCACUAAAGCAAAGUCCGCUCUACAACUGCAGGUGUAAAAGAGGCAUGAAGAAGGAAAAGAAUUGCCUGCGCAUUUACUGGGGCAUCUACCAACAUCUACAGGGGAAUGAUUUUCUUGAGGAUUCACCGUACGAGCCCGUGACCAGUCGCCUGUCAGAUAUAUUUCGCCUGGCCCCCAUCUACUCAGGGGAGCCAGCCCUGGUGAAGGAGAACAACUGCCUGAACGCGGCCAAAGCGUGCAACCUGAAUGACACGUGUAAGAAGUUCCGAUCUGCGUACAUCAGCCCAUGCACUAGCCGUGUCUCCACAGCCGAGGUGUGCAACCGCCGUAAGUGCCACAAGGCACUGCGCCAGUUCUUCGACAAGGUCCCGCCCAAGCACAGCUACGGCAUGCUGUACUGCUCAUGCCCGCCGGGCGACCAGUCUGCCUGCUCCGAGCGUCGCCGCCAGACCAUUGUGCCCGCCUGUUCUUACGAGGAGCGAGAGAAGCCCAACUGCUUGGUCCUGCAGGCGUUCUGCAAGAGCAACUACAUCUGCAGGUCUCGACUGGCGGACUUCUUCGCCAACUGCCAGCCUGAGUCGCGGUCGCUGUCCGGCUGUCUGAAGGAGAACUACGCCGACUGCCUUCUGUCCUACUCGGGCCUCAUCGGGACGAUGAUGACGCCCAACUACCUGCGUUCGCCCAAAAUCAGUGUGUCGCCCUUCUGUGACUGCAGCAGCAGUGGCAAUAGUCAGGAAGAGUGUGAGCGCUUCACUGAGUUCUUCACAGACAACGCCUGCCUGCGUAACGCCAUCCAGGCCUUUGGCAACGGUACGGACGUGAGUGCAUGGCAGCCCAUGGCUCCAGUGCAGACCACAACUUCCGUGACGGUGCCGUCCCAGAGGGGUCAGGAGCGAGGACAGCCACCCCACGCCCCGGAACCCGGAACAACCAACAACCGCCUGGGCCCUGGGGACAACUCUCUGUACCAGUUCUGCGGGAGUCUGCAGGCUCAGAAGCUGAAGACGAACAAUACAAUAGAUGUGUUGUGUGUGGAUCCACAGGUCAACGACCCUAGCUCCUCCAACGCCAUGUCUGGGAACGCCUCCGAGAGUCAGGCAUCUCCGCUAGGCCUCAGCUCUCUGCUGCUCCUGCUGGCGAUAUCCCUGUACUGCGCCCUCAUGCCCAUACCUGCCGCCAGGCCAGGGUUGUAGCGGCUUAAGCAAGACAAAACAUGGACGCUCACAAUUUGUAUAAAACUGAUCUCUGUUCUCCGCCUACCUGUUGUACUCAUCCUCUCUCUCAUAAUUUCUCUCUCUCUCUCUCGCUGUCUCUCUCUUACUGCUCUGAGUUUUAGGAAAUUGUGUUUAAGAUGUGUUGAUGCAACAACAGCAACAACAAAAGUGAUUUUGGUGUAUUUGAGUUUUGCUCCCAGUUGUAUUUUGGGUUUUGUUUUGUUUUUCGAGUUGUUCUUGACCUUUAUUUUUGCUGGUUUUGUUUUCUUUUUUUCUGGAAGAAGAGAUAUGAAAAGGUAGCAGGGGAUUUAUUGAAGGUCUUAGAACAUUCCAGAAUGCUCUGCAGGACAGUCCCGAGGCUCGCUGGACUUGCUGAUUAGAGCGGGAGAUCAUACAGAGGCUCUGCAUCAAGAAAUGAAGGCAGAGAGGAGGAAGUCUGUUUAGCUGCUUGUGACGAUCCUCGUCUGUGUUUGCGUGUAUUGCGUGUCCUGCGUGAUUAGUGAUAUGACAUGCGACUUAUAUCCAACACACAAAGAAGAAAAACAUAGAAGGAGCUCAGAGGGACGCUAGGAGGUUUGGGAUACAUGUUCGCCAUAACCCACAGUCCCUUGGGCUUUCGAUGUUCAUUACUUUCAGCAGACUGUGCUCAAGUCACACUGUCAUCAACUCUUUUCCUACUGUCAUGCAUACCACACACAUCACAGUGCUUCAGAGUACAAGUUGACUGGCAGCAAUACACACACAUAGACACACACACACACACACACACACACACACAAAGAAAAAACAGUCUAAGGAAGGUGUUGUUCAUAGGAUUUCAGUUCUGCAUGAGUACUUUAUAAUUGUUUUAAAGGGAUUCUUUUGAGGAACAAAGAUUGGUCUUAUAAUGCAGAUAGUAUAUAUUUUGAGAUCCUAGUUUGAUAAUUUAGGGUGCAUCACAGAGAAACUUUUUUUAAGAGUGGGGAGGGUGUUCACAGGGAGUGAGAGAAUGCACCUGAUUGGCUGCGUCAGUGUGGGCGUGGCACCAGGUAUGUGCACAUGUGAGCACAGCAGUGCCACUAACGAUUAAUUCAGACACAGACCCUUCUGUUCUUCUCUGUCAAACAUGACAUGCAUCUGUCCUCAGAAUGUGUGUUCGUAUCAGCUUUGCAGCGUCACACUAUUCUGUGCUUGGACAAAUAAUAAGAUUAAACAUGAGGACAUGUAUACUAGUCUCCCUUUCUAUCUUUUUUGUGUAUUGUACAUUUUUUCUGAGAGUUACAGAGGGGGACUCUAUCAUGGUUGUGUCAUGACUAUAUGUAAAAAUCAGAUAAUCUCAAUCUUGAUAAUCUCAGUCUUGAUUAAGCUUGAGCCAGUUUUAUUUAGGUACACUCUCUGAGCAGCACGGUGUGUCUGAAGCAUGUGCAGAACUCUGCUGUGCACACGAGGCGUUUAGGAUGUGCUCCUAUGCUUUACAUGGCUUUGUUGAGCAAGAAAAUGCAUUAUUCUUCAUAUUACUUACCGGGCAUCCAGGUUAUGUUAUAAAACAUAAUGCAUAAGUACUCCAAAGGGAUUGGAUAUCAGAUUGGCUUGAAUUUGAAUCUGAUCUUGCCAUGUUUGAUUACAGUGGAUAAGGCUGUAAUGUGUGAUUGGCAGACAUGUAUACAUCAUAUACAGGAUUAGACUACAUGUACAGCAGUGACUGCUGCCACUGUUACACUAAAGUGUAUUACAUGCAUUUAUCUGAAUACAGUUCUAUUGUCUAAUUAUUUAAAAAGAAAGGAAAAAGAAACCAAAAAAAAAAUCUUAUUUUUGUAUCUUUUGCAUUGUGUGUUUUAAUUCCGUCUCAAGAUACUCCUGCCCCAUGCUACCAAACUGAACAGCAAUGGAGUUGUGAACCUAGCAUGGGCCGUAACUGCAAUAAAGGUAUCGAAAACCUGGGCACCUCACGGAUCAGCCGAGCCGUCUGUGGCUCUCUUGUGUGCAAAAUCCACGCUGAGCAUACAAAACAGACCUGUCCUUCUGAGCUGUACAAUUAAUCUCCUCUCUGAUUGGUUAGCUGCUUUCAGACCACACGCCAUUGGCCAAACGUCUUUGGGGUGGUAGACCGCUCCCAGCAUACGAGUAGUGAAACUCCUCCCAUCACGCCUUGAUCACCCAGACGAUUUGACAUCUAUGACUCCCCCUACCCCUGUUACAGCUCUUAUGGAAGUGGAUUCAACAGGUAACGGGUGAAUUCAGUUAGAGAUCAGAACUUCCACCUGGAUUCACCUGGCCAGCCCAUGUAAAGGAAAGUGCAGAGAUCCCGGGUUUUGUAUGCUCAGGGUAUGCUGGAACGUGGGAAUGUGCUUUUUUGCAAAUCAUGGUCAGAGUGACAGAAAAAUGUAAAAGCUUAAAAUAUUUCUACACAUCCACAUCCUGGUGGUCACUGAAGAUGGAGGACUUAUUCUUGGUUAUAAAUAUAAGAUGCCUCAUCUAUCUGACAUAUUUCUUCAUAGCUUGUGAAAAUGUAAAAACAUAUAUGACAACAAUGAUUAAAAUGUUGACUCAUCCCA